AUCUGAAGUUAAAUAUAUUCCAUUAAAUUUAGACUGAAGACAUUAUACGAAGAAACUAACCUUCGGACUGAAAGGGAAAGAACAAAGAUUUCACCUCUGCCUUCCAAGACUGGUGAUCUAGAAUUGUAUCACGUGACUGUGUAGACGUAAUCAGAAAGAGAGUAUUUAUAUGCUAGGCAGGUAAGAGAUGAUACUUACCGAUGUGACAGACAGAAGUUAAAAUUUGAGAAAUUUGAAACACCUACUGGAAGUUGUCACCAUGAAAAGAGCUAUCAUACCACAAAUGCUUCUAUUGCUUUUUCUGACUCUUUUCACAGUUAGUGGAAUUUCUGCUUUUAAUUCUCGAGAAAAACGAGAUUACAUUCCCGACUUUCCAGGCUUUGAUUGGCUGAGGUCGUUCUUUCCAAUCGAAGAUGGUGGAUUUUCCUUUACACUCAAUAUACCCGAUUUUGAAGCCAACAACAGACAAGUGUUGAGAAAUAUACAAGGAGUACUCCAGAAUAUUCAAGACACUUUAGAAAACGAUUCCAGAGAUUAUCCUUCCGAUGCGGAUGGAACGGUAUCAGAUGUAUUUUACGUGGAUGGCGUGAAGUGCAACGUUAAGAAGUCGGUGAAGAGAAGUGGCGAUGGAGGAGCGUUUGCAUACGCCAGUGGAUACAGCUGUGUGCCCUCUUAAAAGAACG